CGCCUCGGCAGGCUGUGCAUGCAGGAGGUGGCUUGCUUCACCUGUCAGCAUCCUCGGGUACCGUGCCCUGGAUGAUGACCAUCUCCCCCGGGUGCAGGCCUCCAGGUAUGGGCCCCGUGUACGGCACCGCCUGAGGAGGAGAGGCGGGUGAGUGGAAGGACGCGCCGCCUUCAACACACAGCUGCUACAUGCUCAGCAACACGGACAUGUUUACAAACACAACACACAGGAAAACAGCCAGAAUGAGUCUCCUACCGGGAACAGGACGCUGUGUUUGGUGUUCGCCACAGACAUUGAGCCUCCAGCGUCCGACUGAGAGGUGUUUUAAAGAGAUGCAGUCCCCGGGUUUUUAUGUACAAGUCCCAACUGCACGGUUAGCAUAGCAGGUUAGCACCAAGUGUUCCCCCGCUCCAGCGCAGCUCCUCACACCGCUUGGCCACACUGACACCGUGUGGCCAUUUGUGGGAAUGAACAGCCAUGAAUUUGACUAUAAUAGUAGCAAAAGCAGAAGUAAUAAGUGCAUAAAAACCUCAGAAUCCAACAUAAACAGCCUACAUAACAAAACUGAAUCGUGACGUCACAGGCAUUGUGUGCACGUUGAACGCACCGUUUGCUGGACUCGCGGGUUCGAAUCCUGGCGGAGUCUUAAAAAAGCAAAACGUUUUAAACUACUGUUUUUGGAGCUGGUAGUGCAUAGAAUUGACUGAUACGGUCCCAAACUGUUUUACUUUUUCUACUUUACUUACCUCGCCCCUCCUUUUUCUCCCCCCCGGUGAACCUCCCGAGCCUCCUGACAGCUGUUCGCGAUGCGGCUCCCCGUCCGACAUGACCCAGGCUCGGCUGACAGCUCGGCGCCUCACACCCCCGGGUCACACCGGGUCACACCCGGAUCGCACCUGACGGGACACAGUCGCGGUAUUCCGGCUGUCAGCGGAAGCUAAAGCUAAGGCUAGCAGCCACAGUGAACUGAAGUGAGCGGAAGGUCCCCGGAACAGGAUGGCCUCCACUCCUCCAAACAACUUCUCCUGGGUGGAUGACGGGAAGGUGGCGGGGCUGGCUCUCCCGAGGAUGACCUCGGAGUACCAGUAUCUGCUGGACCGUGGCAUCAAACAUCUGGUGUGCCUGUGCGAGAGGAAGCCCCCCUACUACGACACCUGCCCGCAGCUGCAACUGCAUCACAUCAAAAUAACCGACUUCACUCCUCCUUCCCCCGAUCAGAUCGACCGCUUCCUGGCCAUCGUGGAUGAGGCCAAUGCCAAGGGCGAGGGCGUGGCGGUUCACUGCAUGCACGGCCAUGGAAGGACAGGCACCAUGUUGGCCUGCUACCUGGUGAAGACCAGGAAGCUGUCAGGGAUCGACGCCAUCAACGAGAUCCGGAGACUGCGCAGCGGCUCCAUCGAGACCCGCGAUCAAGAGAAGGCAGUGGUCCAGUUCUAUCAACGCACCAAGUAGUCCCAACCACCAUCAGUUACAGUACAACAG